AUGGGAUUAGUUGAUGAAGAUGAUAAAGAUGAUGAAAAUUCAAUUUCUGAAAACAAAAAUGAUGAUGAUGAGUUAUUUGAAAAGAACAAUAAGGAUAGUUAUUGGGAUCCACCAGCUGAAUUAGUUGAAAAUGAAUUGAAUUCUCAAAUGGCACAAUCACAUCCAGAUGGUAUACAUGAAUUAAAUGAAUCAAAUGACAUGAAUAUGGAUCAUCAAGUUUCACAACAUGAUUUUAAUAAUAAAACAUUAGAUAAUUCAAAUCAAGAUAAAAUGUUUGUUGACAAAGACAUAGAUGUGACUGCUAAAGAUCUUAAUGACGUUGAUAACAAUAAAGUUGAAGAUGAUGAUGUUAAUAACGUUAAUGAUAUACCUUCAAAUGAUGAAUCUGUUAAAAAUGUUAGUACACAAAAUCCAGUAUCAAAUACAACAUCAAAUGCAGCUGAUAUCAACAAUUCUGCUCCAGAUUCACAUGAUAAAGAUGAUAACAUUGGUUCUAAUAUUUUUGGCAUUGAUCAAACCUCAAAUAUAUCAGAUGAAACUAAUGGUGAAACCAAAAAGACAACAAAUCUUGAUGCUGAUGGAGACGUUCAAAUGAUAGAUGAUACAUUGGAAUCAAAUGAUGUUGAUGAUAGUGCUCAAUCUCAAGUUACUCACGAUUCUGAUAAGAACAUUAAGAAUGGUCAAGAUAUUUUUAUUGAUUUAGAUAGAGCAGAUGUUGGUAUUAUAGAUGGUAAAGUUCUCAAUGAUUUUCAAACUUCAGAAUUUGCCACCGCGAAAACCCAAACACCAAAAAUAAAUAAAAGGCCAUUUGAAGACAUUAUUUCCAAAUCUAAUAAAUCAAUGGAAACAUUAGUAAAGAGGAAGAAACCCAUAGAAUCAGAUAAGGUUAUCAACAAUUUAAACAAGUUCCUCAAAUCACCUGAAAAAGUCAAAUGGUUAGCCGCUAUUUAUAAUGAAUUGUAUGAAUUGCUACAAUAUUACACAUUUGAAGAGACAUUGGUUGAUGAAAAAGAUAUCAAGAACAAGAAAAUCAACAUCAUCCCUACCACAUGGAGAUUAAAUAAGAAAUUAAAUAUUGAUAAUAGCAUUAAAUUUAAGGCCAGGUUGUGUGCUAGAGGCGACCUCGAGUCGAUAAAUGAAAAUGAUAACUGUUACUCUCCUACAUUAAGCUCUGAUGUCCUACGUUCAAGUAUUAAUUAUGCCAUUCAAAAUGAUCUCAAGUUAUCUCAACACGAUAUUUCCAAUGCUUUCGUUUCCAGUCCAAUUAAUAAUGAUAAUUCUUUCAUUUAUAUACCUCAAUUUUACCAUCAAUUCAAGAAACAAGAUGCUGAUCAUUAUGACCCAAUAUCAAUUCCAGAAGGUAAAAGGUUGGUUUUAAAAUUGAGGAAAUCACUUUAUGGGCUUAGGUCUUCAGGUCGCAAUUUUUAUUAUCAUUUACGUGAUAUUUUGAUCAACAAAUUAGGUUUAAAAGCUGAUAUCGAAGUUCCUUGUGUCUACAAAAAAUUCAAUGAAAAUAAUGAAUUAGUCGGUAUUUUGUUGACAUUUGUUGAUGAUCUCAUUCUGUUCAGUAAGUCUGAUCAAGUUUAUCAAGAGAUAGUAGAAGGUUUAGGUAAAGAAGUCAAAUUAAAAACCAUUGAUCCUGUCAUUCAAGGGAAUAUACAAACUAGAAAAAUAUUAGGGAUCGAAAUUGAAGAGAGUUUUCAAAAUGGUGAAAGGGUUUCCAUAAAAUUGCAUCAGAAAAGGUACACUGAAGAUCUAAUCAAGAAAUUUUUGAAUGAAGAUGCUAAAGUCAAACCAUCUCCUCCUACAGAAUAUAUUGACAAUACUUCUUAUAAAGCUGAAAAAGAUCCAGAUUAUGACAGAAAAGUUAAUACUGUUAGACAAAUAAUGGGUUCCAUCUUAUUUUUAAGUACCAAUACCAGACCUGAUAUUACAUUCAGUAUCAAUUAUGCUACUAAAUUCCAACUUACACCAAGCAAUGCAGUUUUUAAUUUCCUGAACAGAUUGUUAUGCUAUUUAAAAGGAUCCACUGAAAAAGGACUUAUCUUUUCAAAAAAAGAAGAGAAGGAUACACAGAUUACCACUUUCGUUGAUGCAAGUCAUUCAUCUGAUGAACAAUUUAAGAGUACAUUUGGAAUUGUGUCAUUUAUUGAUGGUACACCAAUAUCAUGGUCAUCAGAAGGUGGAUCUAUAACUACGUUCUCACCAGCUGAAAGUGAAGUAAUUGCUUUUUCAAAUGCUGUAAAAAAUGAUUUGUGGUUAAGAAGAAUGGUUGAAUUUAUGACAAAUCAGGAAUUAAGUCCGACCAAAAUCAUUACUGAUUCAACUGCUGCUAUAAAUAUGAUUUUAUCAGAUGAUUUCAAUAAGAAGAAUCGUCAUUUAAACAUUAGAUUAAGCUAUUGUCGUCAAUUUGAAAGAGAUAAUUAUUAUAAUAUCCAAUAUAUUGAGACUAGAAAUCAAUUAGCUGAUAUCAUGACCAAACCUUUGAAACGUCCACAAUUUGAACAUUUAGCUAAAGAAUUGGUCAAGAAUUAA